GCUGGCAACACUGUCAAAUGUCACUGUCAGUGUCAAAUUAAUCGAGCAAAAAGCAAGAAAUACGCCGAGUACCGGCGAUUUGAUUUAAUUAACUAAUUAUUUGCAUCGCGUGCGGACAUUUGCGGAGGAAGAAGUCAUCGAAUUGUCGUGUUCAGUGAAUCAUCAACAAUGGGAAAAUUAGCUAUAAUUUUCCUGGCUUUCGCCGCAACUUGCGCAGCUGACUUCGUUAGAGUACCGCUGCACCGCGUAGAGACGGCUCGCGGUCAGCUGGCGGCGGUCGGCACAGAGCUCAACAUGCUCCGCCUGCGGCGCCCCGCCGGGCCCUCGCCCGAGCCCCUGUCCAACUACCUUGAUGCUCAAUACUACGGCCCGAUCUCUAUUGGAACCCCGCCGCAGACUUUCCGAGUGGUAUUCGACACCGGUUCCUCCAACUUGUGGGUGCCAUCUAAGAAAUGCCACUACACCAAUAUAGCUUGCCUGUUGCACAAUAAAUACGACAGCAGCAAGUCAUCUUCGUACGUGGCCAACGGCAAGGAGUUCGCCAUCCACUACGGCUCGGGCUCGCUCUCCGGGUUCCUUUCCACUGACACCGUCUCUGUCGGUGGCGUGACUGUGAAGUCUCAGACAUUCGCGGAGGCUCUGUCCGAGCCCGGUCUCGCGUUCGUCGCCGCUAAGUUCGACGGUAUUCUCGGCAUGGCUUUCGACACCAUCUCCGUGGACCACGUGCCGCCAGUGUUCGACAAUAUGGUCGCUCAGAAACUCGUCGCGCCUGUCUUCUCCUUCUAUCUGAACAGGGACCCAUCAGCGAAAGUCGGUGGCGAGAUGAUCCUCGGCGGCUCCGACCCGAACCACUACCGCGGCAACAUGACCUACUUGCCCGUCGACAAGGCCGCCUACUGGCAGUUCCAUGUCGAGGGCAUCUCCAUUGCCGGACACAAGUUCUGUGAGAACGGUUGCGAAGCGAUCGCCGACACUGGCACUUCCCUCAUCGGCGGUCCCACCGCGGAGAUAGAAACCCUGAACAAGGCGCUCGGCGCCACUCCUCUCGUAUCUGGACAGUACGUGUUCGACUGCUCGCUCAUCCCCAAGUUGCCGCGCGUGACCUUCACCAUCAACGGCGUGCAGUUCCCGCUUGACGGACAGGACUAUGUUCUGCGAGUAUCCCAGUUCGGCAAAACAGUCUGCCUCUCCGGCUUCAUGGGCCUCGACGUGCCGCCACCGGCCGGCCCCAUCUGGAUCCUCGGCGACGUGUUUAUCGGCCGCUACUACACGGAGUUCGACGUCGCCAACCGACGUAUCGGGUUCGCGCCCGCUGUCUAAGCGACAGUGUAUUGAGGUGACGAUGGUGAACAAAAUGUGUAGGAAAUCUUUUAACCUUUUCGAUGCCAACGACGGAUAUAUCCGUAGAUACAGCUCCAAAGAUGGAUUUAUCCGUGACAGACCACAAAUUAACAUAGACCUACGUAACAUACGCAUAAAGUUCAAUUUCAGUGUUGACACUUCCGUGACGUGGCGUCUAAGCUUUUGUGUUUGACGGGGCGUCGAAAAGUUAAUAAGGGCAUUGUAAUUGACAUUUUAAUGACAUUGUGGUCACCAUUGUUGUCUUAUGGUCACAUAAUAUGUAUGUAGACCACAAUUAUAAAUUAUAACUCACCUUAGUAUAUGUUCGCCUCGUUAGAUGUUUCUCAGUAACUAAAUGAGAAUUUGAAUUUCGUUCAAUUAGAGAAUAUAAACAGAACUAAAGUUAUAUUAACUUAGCCUUUAGUGAAUCGGUUACUUACGAUUAUGCAUAUUUACUUAAUAAUAGUGGUUGAUAAAUAUUAUCUGUAUGUCCUUUUUGAAAUUAAACUAUAAAAAUAAAUAUCGAUCAGUUGUGAUAGCCAACAGUGACUAAUGAAAUUACUACAAGUGCUUAAUUAAAAGCUUAAGAAUUUCAUAUUAAACUAACUAAGUUAGAGUAGGUAGGAUAGGUACAGUCGCCAUCAGAUAUAUCAACGCGGCCGAGGUGCCCAAAAAAAUCUUAGCACGCACUCUAGCGCCUUGACAAUAGAGGCGUGUUCCGAUAUUUGUGAGUAUAGGGCCGCUCCCUUAUAUCUGAUGGCGAUUGUACACUGAUUCAAUUUAUGUGCUUAGCUGGUGCCAAACAAUUUUUGAGGCAUUUCUGGUUAGAAUCGUUUUUAAGAUAUUAUUUUUGUUUUUAAUAUCUGUAAUAUGUAGCCCAUUAUUACGGACUGACUCGCUCCAACCAAAUAUAAACGAACCAUGACAAUACAUUAGGUCAGUUUCAACUUUUACUUUAUCUACGAAAUAAAUAUUUUUGGUUAUUUAAAA